UGGUUUUAAUGGGUGUAGGGGUAGCUGGUAGGAUAAUUGUUCGUCCCUUUUCCCCGUACUUUUUUGUCACAAAAUGUAAUGAAUUCACCCUUCAGAGCAGGAACCGGAAAAAGGGCUUGAUAGGAGGAAUUACCGGCCUACACUCCAUUACAGUAGGCGGCGGUGUAUGCACCUUGAUGUUGGUUGCGAUUCGGCAACACAAAUUUGAAGAAGAAGAAAACGGAUAAUGUUUUUUUGUUUGUCAACGCUGCGCUAGGGAAGUAGGAUUCGAAACAGUUGUUGGUACAAUUAAGUUAGGUGUGAAGUCAUGACAACGUUGGAUGACAAGAUCCUGGGGGAGAAGCUGCAGUACUACUACAGCAGCAGUGAGGAUGAGGAAAGUGACAAGGAGGAUGACGAGGGGGAGCACAAGACCAUCCGCAACCCAGAUGUACUGGAGCCUGAGAUAGAAUACAGCGGUGACGGUAGUGCCAUCAACACAGGGCCCAAGGGGGUGAUUAAUGACUGGAGGAAGUACAAACAGCUGAAGGUGGAGCAGAAACAGGAGCAGAAAGAGGAGAUGGAGAGACUCAUCAAGAAGCUGUCCAUGACCUGCCGCUCCGACCUGGACGACGAAGCCGACGCCAUUAAACAGAAAGAGAUGCAGGACAAGAUCCAACACAAGAUGACCAUGCAGGAGUACAACAUGCUCCAGGAAGACGAGGAUGACGAGGACUUCCUCCAGCAGUACAGGAAGCAGCGCAUCGAGGAGAUGCGCCGGAAGGUGUUGCGCGGUAAGCGCUUCGAGCAGGUCUACGAGCUCAACAGUGGCGAGGAGUUCCUGGAGGCUGUGGACAAGGAGGACAAGGCCUGCCUGGUUAUGAUCCACAUCUACGAGGGCGAGGUGCCUGCCUGCGAGGCAAUGAUGGGCAGCCUGCUGUGCCUGGCACAGGAAUACCCCCUGGUCAAGUUCUGUAGCGUGCGUGGGUCGGUUAUCGGCACCAGUGCCCAGUUCAGGGGCAGCGCCUUGCCAGCCCUGCUGGUGUACAAAGGAGGAGACCUGAUUGGGAACUUUGUGCGCAUCACAGACCAGCUAGGAGAGGACUUCUAUGCUGUGGAUGUGGAAGCGCUGCUGCAAGAGUAUGGGCUGCUGCCGGACAAACCUGUCCUUGUCGCUAAGACCAUCCGCAACUGCGCCAUCACACAGAGCGAUGACUCUGACCUUGACAUAGACUAGAGAACAGACCUGCACAUAAAUAGAAACAUAGACUAGAACCUCUAUGUGUAUACACACUCGACAUAGACGAGAACCCCAAUGUGUACACACACACACACACACAGUCGACAGACUAGAACCGCUAUGUACACACACACACACAGUCGACAGACUAGAACCGCUAUGUACACACACAGUCGACAGACUAGAACCCCUACGUACACACACAGUCGACAGACUAGAACCCCUACGUACACACACAGUCGACAGACUAGAACCCCUACGUACACACACAGUCGACAGACUAGAACCCCUACGUACACACACAGUCGACAGACUAGAACCCCUACGUACACACACAGUCGACAGACUAGAACCCCUACGUACACACACAGUCGACAGACUAGAACCCCUACGUACACACACAGUCGACAGACUAGAACCCCUACGUACACACACAGUCGACAGACUAGAACCCCUACGUACACACACAGUCGACAGACUAGAACCCCUACGUACACACACAGUCGACAGACUAGAACCCCUACGUACACACACAGUCGACAGACUAGAACCCCUACGUACACACACAGUCGACAGACUAGAACCCAUACGUGCGCGCCCACACACACACACACGGUCGACAGACUCGAACCCCUAUGUGCACACACACACACACACACACACACACACACACACACACACGGUCGACAGACUAGAACCCCUAUGUACACACACACACGGUCGACAGACUAGAACCCCUACGUGUACACACACACACACGGUCGACAGACUAGAACCCAUACGUGCGCGUGCACACACAGUCGACAGACUAGAACCCCUAUGUACACACACACACACAGUCGACAGACUAGAACCCCUAUGUACACACACACACGGUCGACAGAUGACAACCCCUACAUACACACACACACGGUUGACAGACUAGAACCCCUACGUACACACACGGUCGACAGACUAGAACCCCUACGUACACACACGGUCGACAGACUAGAACCCCUACGUACACACACACACACGGUUGACAGAACCCCUACGUGCGCACACACUUUUAAAGGAGUGAUUUGACCUACAACUAAGACCGAUUUGAAUACGCUCAAGUUCAAUAGCGUGGUUUCCACUACCACGUUAUCUCUGGGCUCGUCAGUGCUUGACACCGCCAGAGUUGUUUGAAAUUGAGAAACUCAACAUGCGAUUACUAUACGCAAAUACCUUGUUGACAAAUUUGCGACUCCCUUUGACGAUGGUGUGAAAUUUUGUUAUGGGUGUUACAGGAAGUAAUUUCAUGUUGUGGAGUCGCUCAGUUUUAAACGGCGAUAGAGUUGUAACUGGACACCAUAUUGGCAAUAUUAGCAAAAUGUUUAUCUGAGCCUGGAGGUCCAGCGUAGUGCUGCUCUAUCGGUUGACUAGAUGGGAUGCAGCGAUUGUCAGAAGGGACUUUUACUUGCAGGUUAGCAGAACUUACACAGCAGGUUAUAAAAAUGGACGUAGCAGGUUAGGAGAAUUAGGUUAGGGUUAGCUAAAAUGCAAAUAUUCCCCCAACGCCACUCGAACAUGCAACUUUUGAUCUCACUUUGACAUGAGCUGCAUCUGUUCUAGCCAUGGGGAAACGCUUAUCACGGCACUUUUAUACCGAAGCCACUUUUUCGUAGCAGGUUAGGAGACUGAGGUUAAGGUUAGUGAAAAUGCUUUCCUAACCUGCUACAAAAAAUCACUUUGUAUCAAAGUGUUGUGAAAAGACUGUCUCUGUAGCCAUGACCUGUUCUACCUGGGAAAUGAAUUGCACCCACAUGGUGUCCCAUGUCUAAAUCAAUGCCCGAUUAGAGGGAAAUAAUGAAAAACCCCAGUGGAACUGGCUUCAAGGUCCAGAUUUGAAUUUGCCUGCAGCCAGGGAAGUGGGUUGUUAUGAUCGACAGGACCUAAAGACCUAUACAUUCCCUAUUAAUUAUGAUAUUUAUUCACCUAAGUUAUAUGCUUCAUUACACAUCAUGUUAGUUUAACUAGUUACAUGAAUAAACCAAGACUGAGACCUAUUAUUUGUUUUACAAUGAUAUGCAGACAUUAUUAUUUUUUGAUGUUUAAGCUUUAACUUAUUUGUUUUUAAUUGUGACAAUGCAUUGUUGUUUUUCUGGUCCAAUGUCUCUUAUUUGUGCAUGUUUAACUAGCUCACCCUGUAGAAAAUGUUCUGUCCAAAGGGACAUUUUGUUAGUUUUAUACCUGUUAAUAUUAUGGAUAAAAUAAACUAGCUUGAUUUGA